GGAGCCCAGCUCACAGCCCUUCCGGAGUGAAGAAAUCCUCUUCAAAGGUCAUUCUCCUGAGGGCAAUUUCACACUUUUGAUAAAGAAGAAAUUCCACAUCUUUUCAAGGUAAGAAAAAUUCAAAGAGAAGGUGAAACUGCAAAAAUAAAGGAGCAGCAAAGCUAAGUUUAGAGUCAAACCUGGCAGCUGUCUUCCAAAACCUGAACUUCCCAAUCUACGGUCUUGGCUUCCAGCCCUCAAACACCUUUCCCACCUUCCAUUCCAUCAUGAGAGGCUUUGCCCUGACCUUUUCCAGAAGCGCUCUUUUAGAACCAACACAUGAUGGUUGAAGUUGGUAACAAUGGAAACAAAUAUUUAGUGUCAUAAAGACAACCCCGCAAGACCCAGAAGGAAGCAUAUUCAAAACAACUGGCCUGUGGGAUGAGUGCAUCCGACUGUCCAUGGCUCUGUCUCUUGCUACAACAGCGUUUGAACAGAGUAGACCCAAGGACUCCUCACCUCUGACCUCUGCCCACUGCCCACUGCCCACUCUCUCCUCUGGGACCAUUUUCUCUGUCUUCUCGUUUCUGGGAUCAGUCAACACAGUUCAGCUUAAUAUAUAUAUUGCAGUUAGCUUCUUAUUGGCCAAGCAUGAGCUCCCAGCUGUCAGAACUCUUCCAAAAUAAUAGGGGCCAUUGCCAACCUCCUCGCCAACCUGCAUUGUAGGCCUUUCUCUGAGCUUCUGUGUUGGCUUUGAAGAUGGGGGCUACGUUCACGAGUUGGUGAAAGAGAAGCUCCAGGGACUCAGCAUCUCUUGAAAGUGCAGAAACAGUGCGAUGCCCUACCCUCUUCCAGGAUGAGCAGAAGCCAUCGAAGCUUCUUGCCCACACCAACCCUUCCAUGCUGUCUUCAAGUCCUGCUUCCUGCACAUCUCCCAACCCGGACAAGGAGAACCCAAGGAAGAAGGUCCAGUGGGCUUCCGGGAGGAGGAGGACAUCAUCCACAGACUCAGAGUCCAAGUCGAAUCCUGAUCUCUCCAAAUUACCAAAGUCGCGGAGACCCAGCCGGCUGACAGUGAAGUAUGACCGGGGGCACCUCCAGCGCUGGCUGGAGAUGGAGCAGUGGGUGGAUGCGCAGGUCCAGGAGCUCUACCAGGAUCAACCAGCCCCUUUGGAGCCCGAGAUUGACCUGGAAGUUCUCAUGGAACUACCCGCUGAGGCGCAGAAGACCCAUCUUGAGGUCAUUCUCCAGGACUGCCCCCGCCCCACAGAGUCUUUCAUCUCUGAGCUCCUCAGUCAACUCAAGAAGCUCCGCAGACUCAGCAGGCCGCAGAAAUAAGCCUGGUAAGGCCACCUCCAACCAUCUCAACACUGCCCUGAACGCCGGGUCCUGGGCUGCGGGGAGAGGACAACAGCUCCUUUGGACCCGGACGAGGACGGUGGCCGACGAGGAUGGACAUUGGGACACCCCGAGUGGAUGUGUAUUCACAGCUCGUUCCCGUCAGCUGAGCUGUCUGGGAGCCAGGCACGCUGUUAGCCAGUGAUUUCCUUGGCAGCAGCCAAGUGGAUAAAAGGUGUAGGAGGCCCAGGUGAA